ACCUUCGUACCCCCAUUAUAAAACCCGCCCCUCCCGGCGCCGCUUUUGUGGCAGCGAUUGCAGGAGACCAAACCCCUCUCCCUAAAAGAUGGCGGCAGCGUCGAACAACCCAAACCGUGUGGUGGUGGUGGAGGUCCCCGGCUGGAUCCGCCUCUACGACGACGGCUCGGUGGACCGGGCCUGGAACGGCCCACCCGUGGCCCACUUCCUCACCGCCACCGUCCCCCCCAACGACUCCCCCCGCGACGGCGUCUCCGUCCUCGACCUCCCCGCCGAUCCCGCCCUCCGCCUCUACCUCCCCUCCGCCACCAACGCCGGCGACGGCCGCCGCCUCCCCCUUCUCCUCCACUUCCACGGCGGGGGCUUCUGCAUCACCCACCCCUCCUGGUCCAUGUACCACCACUUCUACUCCCGCCUCGCCCCCUCCGCCGGUGCCGCCGUCGUCUCCGUCGUCCUCCCCCUCGCCCCCGAGCACCGCCUCCCCGCUGCCGUCGACGCCGCCUACCGCGCCCUCCUCUACCUCCGCUCCCUCGCCGCCGGCACCGCCGCCGAGCACCCGGUGGCGGAGCGGCUCCGCAAGGCGGCGGACUUCUCGCGGGUCUUCCUCCUCGGGGACAGCUCCGGGGGGAACCUGGUGCACGAGGUGGCGGCGCGGGCGGGGGCGGCGGAGGAGGGUUUCUGGGCGCCGGUAAGGGUGGUGGGGGGGAUCCUCCUCCACCCGGGGUUCGGUCGGGAGGAGCGGAGCCGGUCGGAGGUGGAGAACCAGCCGACGCCGUUCAUGUCGCUGGAGUUGCUGGACAAGUUCCCGGCGAUGGCGCUACCGAUUGGAGCGACGAAGGACCAUCCGAUAACGUGGCCGGUGGGGGAGCCGGCGCCGGCGUUGGAGGGGCUGAGGCUGCCGCCGCUGCUGGUGGCGGUGGCGGAGGGGGACUUGUUGAGGGACCGGGAGGUGGAGUACUGCGAGGCGAUGAGGAGGGCGGGGAAGGAGGUGGAGGUGGUGAUGAGCCGGGACGUGGGGCACUGCUUCUUUUUGUACGGGGACUUGGUCGGCUCGGAACCGGUCGCGGCGAGCCGGACCGGGGAGUUGAUCGAGGCCAUCAAGGGCUUUGUGGACCGCCACUGAAGGGAGGGCGUUAGGGGAGGGGUUGGUGGUCGGACCCACUCCCCACCAAACCUGUGGACCCCAUCUAAUAAUUUCUCUUAUUGGGUGGAGAAAUUAUUACAUGGACCAUCAGCUCAGAUCGUCGGUGUUAUGCUAUUAUUUAUCUUAUGAUGUUGUUUCCGUCCUAUCGGUGAACGGAAGUUGACCACCAGAACCUCCAGCCACUAAGCAUGGUUGGGUUAAAUAAAUAUGAUUUUUCCCUGAAA